AUGUCUACAUUAGCGCAAUCUUUCUCGUCCGACGAUGCCGGGGUCGCCAUUAUUGUCCCUCAAAAGCCAGCUCCUCUGUCGAUUUCCUACCAGCAAUUGCACUCUCACAUCACCGAUUUCCAGGCUAAACUAGCGGACUUGGGCGUUGGGCAUGGAGCGGCAGUGUCCAUUGCCCUUGUGAACUCGUAUGAAUUUAUUGUUUCAUUCCUAGCAGCUUCGUGGCAGCGAUCUAUUGCCGCUCCUCUCAACCAUGCCUACAAGCAGGGCGAAUUCGAAUUCUAUAUCGAUGACCUCAGUUCUAGCCUGGUCUUGGUUCCACGAGGAUCCUACGCUCAGGAUGGCCCUGCGGUUCGGGCAGGAAGGAAAUACCAAGCAGCAAUUGCAGAGUGCUACUGGAGUGGUACAGAAGUCGUCCUUGAUGUCAAGGAACUCGGAAAGCUAGCCGGAAAGGGGGGUGCCGGAAUCCAAGCUGCCCAACCUGAUGAUAUCGCACUUGUUCUACAUACAAGUGGAACUACUGGCCGACCCAAAGCUGUUCCACUCACGCACAAGAACCUCACAACCACCAUGAGAAACAUCCAGGCAACAUACAAGCUCACUCCGCAGGAUCGAACAUACGUGGUCAUGCCUCUGUUCCACGUUCACGGCCUUCUCGCCGCAUUCUUGGCACCUCUUGCCGCGGGUGGCUCUGUAAUUGUGCCUUCUAGGUUUUCCGCGCACGAGUUCUGGCCAGACUUCAUUAACCACAAGGCAAACUGGUUCACUGCCGUGCCCACGAUCCACCAGAUCCUGCUCAAAUCGCCGCUACCAACCCCCAUUCCUCCAAUCCGGUUUAUCCGCUCUUGCUCUUCUCCCUUAUCCCCCAAGACAUUCCAGGACCUGGAGAAGACAUUCAACGCCCCUGUCCUAGAGGCGUACGCGAUGACAGAGGCAGCCCAUCAAAUGACAAGCAACCCUCUUCCCCCUGGAAAGCGACAACCCGGCAGCGUGGGCCUUGGACAGGGAGUUGAAAUCAAGAUCCUCGACCAGGACGGAAACGAAGUUCCCCAGGGCAUGGAGGCAGAGAUCUGCGUCCGAGGAGAAAACGUAACCAAGGGGUAUCUGAAUAAUCCCGCCGCCAACAAGUCCUCGUUCACCAAGGGUGGAUUCUUCCGCACCGGUGACCAGGGCAAGAAAGACGCUGACGGCUACGUGAUCAUCACGGGACGUAUCAAGGAACUCAUCAACAAGGGUGGAGAAAAAAUCAGCCCGAUUGAACUCGACAACACACUCCUGAGCAACCCAAAGGUCGGAGAAGCAGUUUGCUUCGCAAUCCCUGAUGAGGGCCACUACGGCGAGGACAUCGGCGCUGCCGUCGUCCUCAAGAGCGGCCAGACAGCCACAGAAGACGAACUAAAGUCGUGGGUCCAGGGUAAGCUGGCUAAAUUUAAGACCCCCAAGCAGAUCUGGAUGGUAGGACAAAUUCCGAAGACCGCGACGGGCAAAGUCCAACGCCUCAAAGUGGCCGAGGCUAUGCUGAAGCCCAAAGCGAAGCUGUAA